GCUAGGAUACGGCCGGCUCCCGUCAUCCUGUGCGCGACAGCUCCGCUCUGUCAGUGACUUCCGGUAACAUGGCAGCGGCCUUGGUGAGAGCGGCGGCCCGGGAGUUAGCCUGGCUUCCGUCCUUGCAGUGUGUCCGCCAUGGCUCCAAAGCAGUUACCCGUCAUAAGAAGGCCAUGCACUUUGAGAGGCAAAAGAUUAUGGCACUCACAAAGUAUAUUCCACCUAAACCUUCCAACGAAAGUUGUUUCAAACCAAAGCCUAAACGUGAAGACGCUGGAAAGGAGAACUUAUAUGAGCGAUUUCUAUGUAACCAGCUACAUGCGGUUCUCCAGGACAGUAAGAUAUUUGCAGUAUUCCAGCGCAAUUCAAUCGGAGCAGAGGACUUCUUACUUUUUCGACAUAGACUAUUCAAAAAUGGCGCUCGUAUUAAAAUUUUUCCUAAUCAGGUCGUUAGAAAGGUUCUGGGACAGUUCCAACUCCAAGCCAUGCUACCAUUAUUUAUUGGACAUACCUUUCUAGUGGUGAAUCCCCAACCAAAGGUGAAGGAGAUGUUACAGGCUGCACGAACAGUGCCACAAAUAGUGCUUUUGGGUGCCUAUGUUGAAAACAAACUGAUGAGCCCACAAGGGAUGGUGAAUUAUUCCAAGCUACCUACCAAGGAGACGCUGCAUGGCCAGCUUGUGAGUACGCUGGCAACAAUGCCUUUCCAAACGUCAAGUUUGUUGACACAUCAUUCAUCACAUCUGUCCAGCCUGCUGGAGCAACACAGCAAGGAGGAUGUCAAGACUGAUUGAGGAACCCCUGUAUAUUAUUGAUAAGACUUUUUAAUAAAAGUGCAUGUAGUGAA